UACUAGAACUCUCUCUCAACGACUUUAAAACCCUUUUCGUCUCCCCUCUCCUCUCCCCAAAAAGAAAUCCCCAAAAUCGACGGGGUAAAAAAAUCGCCGUCUCCAAAAUCCCGAAACCCUAGUUUUCAGAUCUCGCUUAAUUUUCAAUGGCGGACGAGGCCAAAGCCAAGGGCAAUGCCGCGUUCUCUGCCGGCAACUUCUCCGACGCGAUCCCGCCAUCGAACCACGUGCUCUACUCGAAUCGAUCCGCCGCCUACGCCUCCCUCGGCCAGUUCUCCAACGCUCUUUCCGAUGCCGAGAAGACCGUCGAGCUGAACCCUAACUGGGCCAAGGGCUACAGCCGCCUCGGCGCUGCUCAUCUCGGCCUCAACAACGUCGAUGAUGCUAUUAGGGCUUAUGAGAAGGGGCUUGCUAUUGAUCCGAACAACGAUGCGUUGAAGUCUGGACUUGCUGAUGCCAGGGCAAAGAUGAGAUCUUCCAAUGGCGGAGCUGGAGCGGGGGCGUCGCCGUUUGGGAAGAUUUUCCAGGGGCCGGAGCUGUGGGCGAAAUUGACGGCGGAUCCAACCACGAGAGGAUAUCUUCAGCAGCCGGACUUUGUGAGGAUGAUUCAGGAUAUUCAGAAGAAUCCGAGUAAUAUCAACAUGUAUUUGAGUGAUCAGAGGAUGAUGAGCGUUCUUGGGGUUCUGCUUAAUGUGAAGAUGAGCGGAGCAGGCGGGGACGAAGAGAUGGAGAGGGAUUUUCCGGCGCCCUCUAAAAAGGAGGCGGAGCCUGAGAAGAAGAAGGCUCCUGAACCGGAGCCGGAGCCGAUGGAGGAGGUGAACGAGGAGGAGAGAGCAGUUAAGGAGAGGAAGGCAGAGGCACAGAAGGAGAAGGAGGCUGGUAAUGCUGCUUAUAAAAAGAAGGAUUUUGAUAAGGCUAUUGAGCAUUACAGUAAGGCUUUGGAGCUUGAUGAUGAGGAUAUCUCGUUCCUUACGAACCGGGCUGCGGUAUAUUUGGAGAUGGGCAAGUAUGAAGACUGUAUAAAGGACUGUGACAAAGCUGUUGAGAGGGGUAGAGAGCUCCGUUCCGACUUCAAGAUGAUUGCAAGGGCACUGACUAGAAAAGGAAACGCGCUGGUGAAGCUUGCCAAAUGUUCGAAGGAUUACGAACCUGCGAUUGAGACUUACCAGAAAGCUCUAACUGAACACCGCAACCCUGAAACACUGAAAAAGCUUAAUGAAGCAGAGAGGGCAAAGAAAGAAUUAGAACAACAAGAAUAUUUUGACCCUAAACUAGCUGAUGAAGAGCGUGAGAAAGGCAAUGAGUUCUUCAAGCAGCAGAAGUACCCUGAAGCAGUGAAACACUACACUGAAGCACUGAAGAGGAACCCACAAGAUCCAAGGGUCUACAGUAACAGAGCUGCAUGCUACACAAAAUUGGGGGCUCUACCGGAGGGACUGAAAGAUGCUGAGAAAUGCAUUGAGUUGGAUCCAACUUUCACCAAGGGUUACACGAGGAAAGGUGCUGUCCAAUUCUUCAUGAAGGAAUAUGACAAGGCACUGGAAACAUAUCAGGCUGGUCUGAAACUUGAUCCGAACAAUCAGGAACUUCUUGAUGGUGUUCGAAGGUGUGUUGAACAGAUCAACAGGACGAACAGAGGUGAUCUCAGCCCUGAGGAGCUGAAGGAGAGACAGGCCAAGGCAAUGCAGGAUCCUGAAAUUCAGAAUAUUUUGUCCGACCCAAUAAUGCGACAGGUGUUGGUCGAUUUCCAGGAGAACCCAAAGGCUGCUCAGGAUCACCUGAAGAAUCCCCAAGUGUUGCACAAGAUUCAAAAGCUCGUCAGCGCUGGCAUCGUCCAGAUGAGAUAAUUGAAUUGUUAGCCCCUCCUUUUCAUUGUAUGAACUUGUGAUUAUGUUGGGAGUCUGUCACAAACCGGUUUACAUGUCUUUUUUUCAUGGUUUAAUUGUGGACCUGACAUUUGAUAAGCGUGUUUCUUUAAGUUCGCGAGUAAUUUGAGUUUUGCUUUU